CUCUUCUACUUUUUUCUUUCCUCUUCUUGUUAUCUCGAACUCCAAAUCCAAAUCCGUGCGACUUUGCGCCCAAUCCUCGUUUUAUUUUCGUUUUUUCUUUUGUCAUCCUUAUAUCCCGCUCACCAUGACCCGGGGUAACCAGCGCGAUACCGAUCGGGCCAAGGCCCAGAAGAAGGCGGCUGCUUCGAAAUCCAAGAACACCCUGUCGGGAACGCAGUUCCAAAAGGCCAAGGAGGAUGCUGCUGCUAUCAUGCGUGAGAAGCAGAAGAAGGCCGACGAAAAACGAGCCGCCGAAGCCGCAGGAGGGAAAAAGAAAUAAUAAACUCCUACCUUUUCUUCCCAUAAUGUUCCGAAACCCUCGUUGCUCUCUGCUCUUCGCCCCCGCGCAUCAACAUCUCGUCAAUCCGAUUGGGACGGAUAAACUUGGCAAGGUGGCGGGGCUGAGCGCGAGGCCAAUUUGCGCGAUGGACACAUCCUUUGGAGUGUGUGAAUGUUAGCACAAUGCUACGAGGGUGAUAAAAGGAGGGAAAUAAGUUCAUAGAUCAUACCCACCGGCUUCAUUUGACGAGACCGGUGUCUAGCGAGGCGUUUUCAGUUGCGACUACGGCGUUCAAUAUUCCAUAUCUUUCCUG